GUCAUCGUCGCAGGCGCGGCCGGCAGCCCCGCGACCGCCGCCCUCCUGGCAGCCGCCCACGCGGCGUGGCCCAAAGAUCGAGCCCUCAUCCUGAUCGACCCCGACAGUCAGAGUGACGUCACUUUCUGGGCCGCCCGCAACCCCCGCGCGCUCGCCAUGGUGACGGCGCACGCGGAGAAGCAGCGGCAGCUGCAGCCCCAGGCGGCGGCAGCUGCCAUGGCCCCCACCGCAUUUGUGUGCCAGGACUACGCAUGCAAGGCGCCCACAACAGAUCCAUUGAAGCUGCUGUCGCUCCUAAGGGAGGCGGGGGCACCUGUUGCCAAGGCGGGGCCGGGGGCGGCGGCGAAGCUUUCAGAGAUGGCGUGGCCGCCGCCGCCCGCCGCCAAGCCGGGCGGCGGCACCGGGGGCGGGCAGUAG